AUGGAUGAAGAAUAUACAAUCAAAAGAAGGGAUGAUGAGUUCAAGAAAAGAAAGGAAAUGGAGGCUGGAGAAAAGAGUAAGGAGCAGGCUGGAAAUAAAAAUUCUCAAGAACAGAAAAAAAUGACAAAUGAGACUGCAGGAAGGACACAAAAUCAGCUAAGCAGGGUAGUAAACCAAACUCUGCCAAAGAAACAACUUACAAGCCAUCAACAAGAGAAAGACAUCUACAGCCAGAAUGAACCAGACCAGCAGGAACAGCAGGAGACAGAAAAUAGAGAGAAAGAACACAACAGUGGAUUAACAACACAACAAAACCAACAAAAACAAGAGGCCAAUAACAGCUCACAUGCAACAAAAAGAAACAACAUUAACAAUGAACAAAAACAGCAGGCUGCUGCAGAUCACAAACACAAGACCUCAGGUAUUGACUCAAUGUUCCCAAAACCCAGAACCCCCAAUAUUAUUAAUGUUAAUGCUGGUUAUACGGAAGAAGUUUCUGGAGGUAUGGACGGGGGGUGUCAGGAGAUAGCCACUAACUUGCAGGAUGGGGCUACCAAAGGGGGGAAUUUGCCUCAUGUUAUGCAUGAGUGGUUGGAAUUUGACCCUAGUACACACCAUAGAUCCUCUAAUAGUGCUAAAAAUAGACAGCAACAAGGGGAACAACAACAACUUCAACAACAGGUGCAAAAUAGAGACACCAGCAAACAGACUGCCAAGGAAAAUAAAGAGAAACAACAAGCUAAAAAAAUGAAUGAAAAAGAUCAAGGGAAACAAAGUGAUACACUUGCUACUGACAGCACACCUAAGAGUAAGAAUAAGCCUAGAAAACAAAAAAGAGAUGCUGCAAAAAGGAGGCAGAACAGGCACCAAGACAGGGACAGUGAACAGGAACAGGAUGGAAGGGAAGAAUCUUGUAACAAAUUUAUCAUGGUUGAUGAUAACCAUGGAUUGGAUAUUCUUCCCUUACAAGCUUAG